AUGAUUGAAACGUAUAUUUACUGGAAUUUUCGUGGGAGCAGGGGUAAUGGGAACAUCCUAAGGAUAUCGCUUCCAUGUAGUUAUAACACGAUAAAAAAGAAAAUAAUGGAGUUGACAAAUAUACACAUAGAAAAUAAUUUGGAUAUCUUAUUAUAUCACAAUAAUAAGAUUUUAAGCGAAUAUGAAAGUAUACAUCAUGAGAUGUUAAUAGAAAUUCAAAGAAGUAGUAUUGAUGUGGUGAGGGAUAUGCUACAAAAGAGUAAUGAUUUAUUUUUAGAAAAGAAUAAAAGUAAGACAGAGGUAAAUAAGAAUAAUGCUAUAACACAAAGAACAACUCAAAAUCAACAAAAAAAUAAUAAUCGUAUGAUAAAUGAUUAUAAUAAUAAAAUAUCUAAAUUUAAUAAUAAUAAUAAUAAGACAGUGGGUUAUUUUCAGAAUAAUAACAGACCCUGGAAUAUAUAUAAUAGAAAUAAUAUUAUAAAAGAUGAAGACAAAAAUAUUCAUGGAGAAAAUAAUCUAAUAAUAAAUCAACAAGUAGAAGAAGCAGAAGAAUUAGAUGAAGAUGAAGAAAUGAAAAUUCAUUUAGCCAUGGAAAAAAAUAAUGUAUAUAAAUCAAAUUAUAAUAAUAAUAAAAUAAGAUUAAAUUAUUAUAAAAGAGAUAGAAAUAAUCCAACUCAUUUUAUGCAAAAUAAAUUAAAAAACAUAUCUCCUCAUAAUAUAAUAAAAAAUAAUAAAAAUGGAAUACCUAAUAAUAAUAUUACUACCUCGAAUAGUAAGGUAGAUGGGGAAUAUUCAACAACAUAUCAUCAAAAAAAUAAUUAUUUACCAAAUAUAUAUACACACAGUACAUAUAAUAAAUUUAAAAAUCAUAUAAACAAUAAUCAUAAUAAUAUUCAUGGAAAUAAUGUUGAUGAAGAAACUAUAAAUAAAAAGGUUUCUCCGGAUUAUAUAUGUCAUAUGUGUGGAAAGAAAGGCCAUAGUAUAAAAAAUUGUACAAUGAGUGCAUUUAAUAAUAAUAAAAAAAUAAAAGUGCCUACAGGAAUUCCAACCAACUUUUUAACAAAAAUAAAAACGGAAGAUAUAUAUAAAUAUGAUCAAAUAUAUAUUUUAAAAGAUGGUAGUUAUGGUGUAUUAAAAGAUGUAGAAGAUGUUAGUGGAAGUGCUUAUUUGUAUAGAAGUGUCGAGGAUAAAAUAAAUAUAUAUUUGGGUGUAAAUAAUAACAACAACAAUAAUAAUAAUAAUAAUAUAAAUAAUAAUAAUAAUAAUAAAAAUAAUAGUAGUAGUAGUAGUAAUUAUAAUUAUUAUAAUAAUAGUGAUAUCCCUAACGAACUUCAAAAUAAUGAUAAAAUUUCAAAUAUAUAUAAAUGCUUGUUAUGUAGAAAAUUAUAUACCGAACCUGUAACUUUACAUUGUUGUGCUGAAACGUAUUGUAAAGCAUGUUUAUAUAAAUAUAAUAAAAAAAAAAUGAAAGACACUUCAAACAUAUCUUCAUCUUAUCAUAAUAACAAUAAUAAUUAUACAAAUCAAGAAUCUAAUAAGGUAAUAGGAGCAGGAUCGGGAGGACAACUUAUGAAAUGUCCUAGUUGUUCAAAGUACAUUAACUCAGACGAAUUAAUUAUUAAUACAAAUAUUAAGAAUGUGAUAGAUACAAUUGUUAAAAAUCAAAAAACUAAUCAAGUGAAUGAUGAAAUGGGAAAUAAAGCAUCUGGCAAUACAUUUGUUGAAAUAAAUAAUAAUAUGAAUCUAAUGGAUGAGCAGCACAACAAUAAUAAUAUAAAUAAUAAUAUAAAUAAUAAUAAUAAUAAUAAUAAUAAUAAUAAUAAUAUAAAUAAUAAUAAUAGUAAUGGCGUAGGAGGUGCAGAUGAACAUAAUAAUUAUUCAUAUAAUAAUAUUAGUUCUCAUAAUAAUCAAAACAUUUCACAUAAUUUUACAAAUAACAGUAGUAAAGAUUUAGGAUAUAAUCAUAAUCAAAAUAUAUUUAAUUUAAGUCAUAAAGAUAAUAUACAUAAUAUAAAACAAAACGAAUUUUAUCAUGUAAAUUUUAAUCCUUUAAUUACAUUUUCUUUUAAUUUAUAUGAAUUAAAGAAAGAACACGAUUUUGCAGCUGCAUAUAUAGCUCAAUAUAAACUCAAAAAAAAAAAAAAAAAAAAAAGACAACUCAACAUAAAUUUUUCCGUAUUAAACAAAAAAAUUUGCUAA